AUGGGUAGCCCAGGGAGGUUUGCCGGACUACUCAAGACUGCGGCAAUCAGGGUCCCCCGUCCCGGCGGCCGCAGGCUGGGUGGCACGGACACAGACGGGGAGCAGGUCAUCGAAGGCGACGUCCAGCCACCAGUUGCCGCUGCAUCCGUGAUGGAUGGUCUGGGAACGCUCCAUGUUAUGGGUAUGGCCAUCAACGAGCACCGGAAAACGGGACAAUAUAAAUGGAUGAUUGAGCGACUUGUCAUUGUCGAUGCGUGGGAUAAACAAAAGAUUCUUGCAGAAAUUCCAACAAAGACUACCGAAGACUCAUCCAUCACUGGUUCUAUGGAACGUUAUUUCGACGUAGCAACUCACACUCGGGCUUCAAGAGCAUCAAGCUCCUCUGAAGCAUCUUUACCCUUGGACACGAUUCAUGGAUAUAUAGAUCAUACAAAUUGGACACAUCAACCGGGCACAACCUCCCAAACCAAAGCGGCCUAUGAUGACCACUUUCAUAUGGGAACAGGACCAAACUCUGCAUUCCAGACACUCAAAACACAAACACAUGACUUUUCUUCAGUUACUUCCAGUUAUGAACAUUUCGACCUCUGCCAACAACUUCCUCCCCCUCUGCUAUCAGACCAGAGCUGUCACACAGAUCCCUAUGUUCACAGUACCCAAGACUCUGAAGACGUCAGGCGAGUCAUCUUUGGCUCACUGGUGCUUGACAAGAACUCAGCAAGUAACACUCUCUCCUUUAUACUCGAAAGCUACGCGGCCUGGAUACAGCGGACCGCAUACGACCCCGUACGAGUUGCACGGAGGUCCAAGGAUGCUAUUGUGAAGCACUAUGGAAGCUCGAUAGAGUCACGCUGGACGAUCACUCUGAUGGCAAAUCUUGUUAGAAGGCUAGCCAAGAGCAGGUCGACAGAUGUCAUCUAUACCCGUGCGUGCUCGACAAUGGUUUCUGUCCUGCAGGCGCGACUUCGGCACGAUAUUGCCUUGGUCCCUUCUCGUGACCCCUGCGAGACCAAGAUACUAAAUGCAACCAAUGUGCUUGAUAGUGCCCUAGGAUUGGUAUCUAUUUUGGCUAUUUGCAAUAAUAUGGUAGCUGGAAUGGAAAUUUUGAGGGAAGCUGCACCCGUGUUUCGCUGGCUAUGUCCAGGCUCGCCAGGAAAUCAAGUACACUUGCAAACGCUGUUCCUGCACCCUGUCGACUCUCUCCGCGACUAUGCUAUAAUGGAUCUGUUUUCGAGUGUUAUGGCUCCCAGGUCGACGACCUUUCAAUAUGAUGUUACAAUCGACCCCAAACUGGAAUCAUCUGUGCUGGCUUUCAGCGACGACGUAGGAAUACAGUGGGCGCGCGGCAUUCCCGACCAGAUCACUCUUGCGUUCGCAAGGAUCGGCGCUUUGCGACGCAGCCUCACUUGGGAACCCAGGGAGCUCGACGAGCUUGAGGCCAUGCUUCAGAGCUUUGUGCCCCUCCCGACCAUCUCCAGUGACUCGCACACAGCUCUUGCAAGGGCUGUGGUUCAGGAGUGCUGGCGCGAAGUCGGAUAUAUCUACUUGUAUAUGGGUGUAUGCAGAGCAAAUGCCGAAGACCGUCGGGUCGUGCAAGCGCUGUCAAGAUUUCUGAGUGCGAUCAACAGAGUGAAGCCGGGCCGUGUUCCCGACUCGUUCCUUAUGAUGGGCCUUGUCAUGGCAGGAUUCAUCGCGCGUAACAUCGUUGAUCGUACUACUAUUCUGGAGCGAAUAAAUGGUGUAGAAGCAUUCAAGUACAGCGGGAGCAGCACUUCUUCGUGCUUGGAACGAAUCUGGAAUAUAGUCGAUGCUGAAGGCCGACCGGUCACCUGGGAUGAUUGGAGGGUAUCUUUCUAA